AGUCGUGCUAGAGUGUGUUCUUUCGAUACGGGAGAUUAGGCGUUAGCGCCCCCUUUUUUCCUUUUUUACCUUCUCCCCCCUCUUUUCUUUCCCGGAUGUCUCCUUGACACCCCUUGUACAGUUUCUUUCUUCUAAUCGAAUGACAGAGAUCGACCGUCCAGUUCUUAAAAAAAAAAAAAAGCCAUCUGCGUACUGCGUCGACGAGUCGACGAACACAGCAAAGGCAGGCCGCCCUUCUCCGUCGCCGCCUCCUAGUCCCUCCGCCGCCUCGCCUUCCAUGAUUCCAUCUCUCCCCGCUGCCGCCUUCCUCCGCCUCUCUCCAUUGUAGCCUUGCCCGCCGCAGAUCGUCCUUGCACCUCUCCCCACCGCCGCCUCCCGCCGCCGCCGCCUGUUUCCUUCCCCGGCGACAAGCUUCUAAAAUCCCACGCAAGAUUGACCCAUCCCUCCCUCCCUCCCUCUCCCACGCAACAGAAAUCCAGCGCAAGAGACCUUCUCCGCCGAUACUUCCUUGUUUGGUACCGUUUGGACGGAGGAAGCGACUCCGCGGAGAUCCUCUGGGCGAGCUUGCUGGCUUGCUGCUGCUCCUCCAAAUCGGUUCGUGUUAUCUGUGGAUUGCUUUGUGGACCUUGUGCUCGUCGGAGUUUGGUGUUGGAUGGUUUGAGAACCUGUGUAGGUUCGUCGGGGAGCCCACGAAUUCUGUGUGCUCUGCAAGCCGGCAACGCCUGUUGCAAUCUUUCUUCGCCAUGGCCAACAAAUCCACCUCUGUAGUUACCGAUGGCCAGUGCCAAUCUGAAACGUCCUCGAGCUGCUUCACAGAGAGCUUCACCACGACCCACAAUUUCGAGGUCACAGGUUACUCGUUGCUCGACGGCAUAGGCGUCGGGAAGUCCGUAUCCUCGAGCACAUUCAGCGUCGGUGGCCACGACUGGAAUAUCAGGUUCUACCCGGACGGAAAUAGUAAGAUCUCCGCCGACUCCACGUCAGUGUUUUUGUAUCAUCUCGGCCCAGCAAAAGAUGUGAGAACAAAGUUCACGUUAAACAUGUCGUAUAAAGAAGGGAAAGAAGUAGCGAACUUCGGCGCGCUCGAGCAUACCUUUUCGCCGGAAAGUGAUAACUGGGGCUAUCCUGAUUUCGUCAAGAAAGUGAAGUUAAAACCAUCGCCGGACAUCAACAGUGGCUGCUUGAUGAUAAGGUGCGUUCUCAUUGUCAUUGUCAUCAGAGAACCUCACAAGAGGGUUCGUUUGGAGGCUCCGGACUCGAAUCUGAAAGACCAUCUCCGACAGAUGUGGAAGGAUGGACAGGGAGCGGACGUGACAUUCAGUGUGGGCGGCCAAAUGUUCAAUGCCCACAGAUGCUUGUUGGCAGCACGCUCUCCGGUUUUCAAGGCUGAGCUCUUCGGUCCGAUGAAGGAGAAGGAAUUACAAUGCAUCCAAAUCGAUGACAUCGAGCCAGCAAUCUUCGAGGCGCUUCUUCACUUUGUGUACACGGACUCCAUGCCAGACGAUGAGCGCUCCAAAGAAGACAUGACGUCAAAAUUGCAGCAUUUGCUAGUUGUUGCGGAUCGGUACGGGCUUGACAAGUUAAGGGUGCUAUGUGAAAGCAAGUUGUGUGAGAACAUGGAAGUGGAGACGGUUGCAACAACGUUGGUUUUAGCAGAGCAACAUCAUUGCAAGGAUCUCCAAGAAGCUUGCCUUGAGUUUAUGGCUCCACUGAAUGUGCUACGAGCUGUCAUGGCUACCGAUAGAUUCAAGCAUUUGCUGGCAAGCUGUCCUUUGGUUAUGAAGGACAUACUGGAUAAGGUGUGCCUUAGUGAGGAGUCACUUUCAGAUGACAAAUGAUCACAUUCCUAAUUAAUUAUAUGGACUUUAAUUAUCUUUGUAAUGCUCCGUUAUCUACAGUUCAAUAGGCAUGUUUUCG